GUUUGGGUUAUUUCGUGGUGGAACGAGGAACGCGGCGAUACGGAGGGCGGUAAAAAUACCGGGUUAGGAUUUGUCGAAGGUGAUCGUGUUGGGUUAUUCGUAAUUUUAACUGUAAAGCUGAAAAUAAUAAUCGCAAUAUAUAACGGCUCCUGCUCAAUGGCGGUAUCGUCUUUUAAACAGGCCAUUUUAGGCGUUUCGACCAUAUUUAAUUUGGUUUUAUGUGAAAACUUUUCCGGGGGGGAUAAUAAGGGCUCCGAAUUACGAAAUUUUGUUAUUGCGAGAGGUGAUAACGGCAGCAGUUUAUGUGAAAUUAACGAUAAAUAUGGUACUGUCGCAGGAAUUGCAGGAUUAAAAAUAACACAAGGCGAUUCGGCAAAUCGCGAGCAUUAUUGGCAAAAUGUCGAAGACGGCGAUAAUAAUAAAAAGGCAAUUGAUGAUCGCGAUGGCGAGAUUUCCAUUAAAUUAUUUAACGAUUGCCUCGAAAUUUCGUUAACUGUUAGACCUGGAGCGGCUAAAAACGCAUUCGAUGCCGGUAAUGGAAUUAAUGGAAUAAGGGUUAAUUUAUUAUCCUCGGUAGGGGAAGUAUGGGUUAAAUACUGGCGUAGCGACGACGGCGAUUCUGUCGUAAAAUCUAUGGUUUCCGGAAUCGUUGGACGGGACGAUAACGAUGGUGGUCCCUGGCCGGACGGGGUCGGCGCCACAUUGUGGUCGCGUGCAAUAUUACGUUGGGUUUAA